AUGCCUGGAUUUCAUUUCGGAACCUUUCUUCCCCAUCUUUCUCUUGGUAAUUCUAAAAAUUUAUCAGUACUUCCAUCUACAAGAUCUCGUUCAACCUCUCAAUUAGAAUCAUCUUAUCAUUCGCAAGAUACUGAAAAUAUUGAAAGCGUUGUGGAUAAACAUGCUUCCAAAUCCCUUCGAUUUUUGAAAUGGAUUCCUUCAUUGCUUGGAGAUCACAAUAUUAUCAAAGCUAAUAUUCACCCAAAAAUAAAAUCUUCACACCACAAGAGAUCCUCAAUAGAAGAGAGAAGUAAUAUCGAACAAACAAUAGAAAAAAUGAGUUCACCACCAAAAGUUCCUCUCGUAAAUGAGAAUAGCAACGAUCAUGAUGGUAAAUUAAUAACGGAUCAAUCAUCUAUGGUAGAACAAUUUGCCAAUACUUCAUCUUCGUCACCUUCUUCCUACUUUGAUACCGAUAAUGUGCAAAAUGUUGAUUUUUCUAAAUUUUCUCAAGUCGAUCAAGAAGAACCAAUUUUAAAAUAUCAACCCGAAAAUCAAGAUUUGUAUGGUUUGGACAUUUUCUAUCAUCAGAAUAGUUUAUUUUCUAUUGAAGGACCUGAAGAUAGAUUUACAUUGAUUGAUAAUACUUUGGAAAUAGUCAUGUCAUCAAAGAGCCUAUUCCUUUCAGAAGCAAAGAAAUAUGAAAAUAAUUUAUCCAAUGGCAAUAUUUAUUUAUUGUUGAAAUGCAUUUUAGAACUUUCAAAGGAAAUUGAAGGAUAUUUAAAACAAUUGAAAAACAAGCUAGUCCAACUAGAAUUAUUGAAAAAUGAUAGGUAUCCAAAUCAAUCGAAAUUGGAAGAAACUUAUUGUACCUCUCAUUCUAAAAAUAUGGCCUCAUUUGAUCUUAAUUUUAUAGAUUCUGCAUUCCAUUUCAGAGGAUGUUUUCUAGUUAUAAUUUACACUUUCAAGGAAUGUAUCAAUGAUAUCAAUAAGGUAAUCAAAAAUAGAGGAUCAUUCUUCUUCUCUGUCAGUGAUGGAAAGUAUGAAAAGUGGCUUGAUAUUUAUCAACAAAAAUUCCAAGUUUUAAAAACUAUGGUUACUGUUUCAAAUACUCUUCUACAGGAAAGAAUUGACAAGAUUGAUACCAAUAACUCUUCAUUCAUUCCAUUCUCUCAAAGUAUUAAAAUUGGGGACAUGGAAGAAUUGAAAAAUGUAAAACCAUCUGCAUUUAUGGAGCAUAUUGGAUCAUUCUAUGAUUCUGAAGUUGCCUGGUUCUUGGCAUUGAUUGUAAAAGCAACUGCUAGUUUCGGUCAUACUCAAGAUAUUCCAAGCAAGUUGAAAAAAGAUUUGAUAUUCUAUGCAGCUAGUGCUUACUAUUUGGUGAAUCCAAAGACUGCAGCCGAAAAUUGUGUAGAUUUAUUUAAUAAGAAUCCAAUUGCCAGUAGUGAGUUUUGGAAUAUUCAAGAUAACAACAAAUUCAUCAAGACUUUUACUUAUUUAGGAUAUCCUUACAUUGAAACAAGUCAAAAGUUUAAUAUACCAUUCCCAAAUAGAAAAAUUGUUGAUAGUGUUGGAUUAGAUAUUGAUGGUGAUGAAUUUGAAUAUGUUAGUGUCUCUAAGGAGGCUCCACAAAACAGUUCCAUCAUUCUAUUUGGUAAUAAUAACGAAAACGAUCAAACUGAAAAGUUACAAGUCUACUACUCUGAGGAUGAAGAUGAAUUGUCUGAAGAGGAAAAAACAGAUACUACCAAGACACCAAUUGAGUUUAACAGUUCUACUACAAAUAUGUACCCAAAUAUGGAAGGAUUUGAGGAUGUUAAAGAGGGAAGUUCAGCCAUGGAAUUCUACUAUGGUGCGAUGGAGGAAUCCAUGAAGAAUCACAACUUCCAAGAAAUUGGGCUCAGACUCUUAUCAACUAAACCACUCAGCGAAGCUCCAGAGUACAUCACAAGCCAGCAACAAGAGUUCCCAUACCUUUCACAAAUUAUGAAAGCCAUUAAUUCCAUUAAAACCAAACAGGAAGAAGCAGGAAAGAAUACAUUCGAUGGUUCUAUCAUUUUACACAUUCAUGGUGGUGGUUUUAUUGCCAUGGAAAGUUUCAGUCAUGAAAUUUACUUGAGAAGAUGGUGCUCUGAAAUGCACAUUCCAAUAAUUUCUGUAGAUUAUAGAAGAUCUCCUCAAGAGAAAUUCCCGGUUCAAAUUGAGGAAUGUUAUGCAGCCUAUCAAUGGCUAUUAGCCAAUUGCGAGAAGGUAUUAGGAGCACCUCUGAAACGAAUUGUUAUAGCAGGUGAUAGUGCUGGAGGUAAUUUGACUUUGGCUGUUGCUCAAAGAGCAAUCAGAGACGGUAUCAGAUUACCAGAUGCUUUGGUUUUGAGUUAUCCAGUGACAUAUCUUGAUUUUUCACCUUCACCUUCACGUCAAAUCUCUGUUAUUGAACCACUUGUAAAUAUUAACUUUUUGAGAUUGUGUGGAGAGCUUUACUGUAAGGAUUCUGAUAAUGCCUUUGAAAAUCCAUUCGUUUCUCCUGCUAUGAUUGACGAGGAAGUGUUGAAAAAGUUCCCUCCAACCUAUUUUGAUAUGGGUGCUUUGGAUCCUCUCUUUGAUGAUGGAAUUUAUAUGGCCAAACGUAUUGCCAAAAACAAUGGAGGUAGAGUCAAGAUCCAAUUAUAUGAUGCUCUUGGUCAUGGUUAUCUGAAUAUGAUUGAUUAUUCUAAAGAAGCCAGGUUAGCCUCUGCCAAUAUUUGUCAAUGGAUUUCUCAAUUUUUACAAUAAAAUAUUAGUGAAGUCAUAUUUCCAA